GCCGCCUACAGGAAUGGGGACCACUUCUCAGCCUUGCCAUUCCAUCUAUGGGAAUGAUGUUUAGCGAAUGGGUCUCACUGGAGAUCAACAACAUAUUUUCGGGCUUUGGCACUCGUGAGGAACUCGCAGCAUUUGGUAUAACAUUUCAGUUAUCGGGUAUCUGCUGGGCAUCUGCCUCAGGGACGUUUAUUGCAGCCUCCGUGUUGGUGGGGAAUGCCAUUGGAGAAGGAAAACCCUUGUUGGCACGUCGUAUGGCAUUUUGUUGUUUAUUCAUGACCGUCACGAUUGCACUGCUUAACUUGAUUGUUGUUUCCCUCGCAAAGAAUCUCAUUCCACGUAUAUUUACGGAUGAUAAAAAGGUCAUUUCAAUUGUUCACUCGUUACUGAAGUAUUUUUUUAUCUAUCACGUCUUUGACGCAUUUCAGAGCGGCGUCAUGGGCGUCCUACGGGGGUGCGGGAAGCAGAAACUCGGCGCAUAUGUUAUUCUCCUUGUGUACUCCAUUGUGGGUGUCCCGUUGGGUAUUAUAUUGUUUCUUAAAACCGGCUUUGGGAUUGGGGCACUGUGGUUUGGCCCAGCCUUUGGUGUAAUGGUGGCGGGGUUUCCUGUAUACAUGUACAUACUGUUGUACCACAUCAAGUGGGGAGAGUUGAAGGCACACACGGAUAGUCAAGAGUUGAGCGGUGUCAUUGUGGAGGAGAAUGUUGAUGAAGUGCUCGUGUGCAGCAACGAUUCAAGCGAGAACGGCGAAGAAGGCAAUAGUAAAAAUGAUGACAAGAAGACUAUUUUAAAUGGCAAAACAUCUCAAAAUAACACCCCGACACUUACAAGAUCGCCCUCACCCCAACCGAUAGGGCAACAAAAGCGAUAUCAGGUAGAGACUAACGUAGCACGGGAGGGUACUGAAUGA